AUGGGGGUGGUGGUGGAGGAGAUGGACAGAGAGUGUGGAAUCGUGGAGAAAGGGGGUGGUGGUGGAGGAGAUGGACAGAGAGUGGGUGUUGGCGGAGGUGGGCAAAGAGUGAGGGGUGUUGGAGGUGAGCAAAGUGUGAGGAGUGGAAGAGUUGGGCAGAGGGUGAGGAAUGGAGGAGGUGGCAGAGGGUGGGGGUGGAAGAAGUGGUCAGAAUGUGGAGUAGAGGUGGUGCACAGAGUGUGGAGGUGGAAAGGGGGUGCUGGUGGAGGAGAUGGACAGAGAGUGAGGAUUCAAGGCGGUGAACAGAAUGUGAGGUGUGGAGGAGGUGAGCAGAGAGUGAGGAGUGGAGGAGGUGGACAGAGAGUGAGGGGUGGAGGAGGUGGGCAGAGUGUGAGGAGUGGUGGAGAUGGGCAGUGUGAGGUGUGGAGGAGGUGA